GAAAUUACGUCAGUGCAGAGAAUAAUAUGGCGUCUGCAAUGGCUAUGGACUCCAUAGACAAACACUAUUUUGAUAUCCAGUUAAAAGAACGACAAAUUGAAGCCGCAGGGGGAUUCUAAAUGGACGAUAAGGAAUCUUCGGCGAUGCUUUUUUAUUGUCCUUUUUCUUGAUCUCGGCUAUAAACCCGCAGCCCAUGUCAGAAGGAGCCAGGUCUGUCUGGUCGAAGAGGGGUUGUGGGGACUCGCAGCGCCGAGAUCAGGGCAAACAUAAACAAAGGAAAUGUGAGCGUCCCCUCAGCAUGCUGUCAGCUAAACUCGAGACUGGCCUCGAGGCCCCCAAAAGGUGAUUCAGAGAAGGGCGUUGUUAGUUUCUCCCCGGACACAAGGGCCACUGUCCUCUGAUUGGCUCGGAAUACCCCCUCUGACAUGCCCGUGGCCAAUCAGAGGUGUGUGAUGUCGGGGGGGGAGGUGGAGGUGUACCUGUCCCAGGUUCAUGAUGGAAGCGUGUCCUCAGGGUUCCGGGCGCUGUACGAGGAGAGGCUCCUAUUGGACGUCACGCUGCUGAUAGAGGAACACCACUUCCAUGCACACAAGGCCCUGCUGGCGACCCAGAGUGACUACUUCCGGGUCAUGUUCACAGCAGACAUGAGAGAGAGAGACCAGGACAAGAUCCACAUGAAGGGGUUAACGGCUGCCGGCUUCGGCCACGUCCUGAGGUUCAUGUACUACGGUUCACUGGAGCUCAGCAUGGUCACUGUGCAGGAGAUACUACAGGCUGCAAUGUACGUCCAGCUGACGGAGGUGGUAGAGUUCUGCUGUUCCUUCCUGCUGUCUAAGAUCUGUCUGGAGAACUGUGCCGAGGUGAUGAGACUUCUGGAGGACUUCAGCGUGGGGGUGGAGGGCGUGCAGGAGCAGCUUGACAACUUCCUGCUGGAGAACUUUGUUCCUCUGAUGAGCAAACCUGACUUCCUGCUCUACCUCAGCCUGGAGAGACUGCAGGCGUACCUGGACAGUGAUGCCCUGAGUCGGUUCCCAGAGAUAGAGCUGUAUGAGUCUGUCCAGGCCUGGCUCCGACACGACCGCCGCCGAUGGAGACACACAGACACUGUCGUCCAGUCUCUACGCUUCUGCCUCAUGACCGCCGCUAACGUCUUCGAGAAGGUGAAGACGUCAGAGUUCUAUCGUUACUCUCGACAGCUGCGUCAGGAGGUGGACCAGGCUCUCAGCUACUUCCACGACGUCAACGAGCAGCCACUGGUCGAGACGCGGUCCAACCGCAUCCGCUCAGUCCGACCGCAGACGGCCGUGUUCAGGGGCAUGAUCGGACACAGCAUGGUCAACAGCAAGAUCCUACUGCUGCACAAACCCAAGGUGUGGUGGGAGUUGGAAGGUCCCCAGGUCCCUCUCCGACCAGACUGCUUGGCCAUCGUCAACAACUUUGCCUUCCUGCUGGGGGGGGAGGAGCUAGGGCCUGACGGGGAGUUCCACGCCUCCUCUAAAGUCUACCGCUACGACCCCCGCCAGAACUCCUGGCUACGCAUGGCCGACAUGUCUGUGCCCAGGUCAGAGUUUGCAGUGGGGGUUAUUGGUAAGUUCAUCUACGCGGUGGCUGGGCGGACGCGGGAUGAGACCUUUUACUCCACGGAACGCUAUGACAUCACGGCAGACCGCUGGGAGUUUGUGGAUCCGUACCCAGUCAACAAGUACGGUCACGAGGGCACGGUCCUGAAUGGUAAACUCUAUAUCACCGGAGGAAUCACCUCCUCGUCCACCUCCAAACAGGUGUGUGUGUUCGACCCGGGGCGGGACGAGGGGGGAGGGGUGUGUCUUUUCGACCCGGGGCGGGACGCGGGGGGAGGGGUGUGUGUGUUCGACCCUGGACGCGAGGCAGGGGGAGGGUUGUGUGUAGCAGGCUCUGCGGGAGCGGGAACGGGAACAACGGACACACACAGGACACGUUCAGCCCGUACUCCCCUCCUCCCCAACACACACACCAGCUGCUGGGAGAACAAGGCGAAGAUGAAUUACGCUCGCUGCUUCCACAAGAUGAUCUCCCACAACGGGAAGCUGUAUGUGUUCGGGGGGGUGUGUGUGAUCCUCCGGGCGUCAUUCGAGUCGCAGGGCUGCCCGUCCACGGAGGUUUACGACCCUGAGACAGACGAGUGGACCAUCCUGGCGUCGAUGCCCAUCGGGCGCAGUGGGCACGGCGUUGCGGUGCUGGACAGACAGAUCAUGGUACUGGGGGGCCUCUGCUAUAACGGACAUUACUCCGACUCCAUCCUGACCUUUGACCCCGAUGACAACAAGUGGAAAGAGGACGAGUAUCCCAGGAUGCCUUGCAAACUGGAUGGGCUGCAGGUCUGCACUCUGCACUUCCCCGAGUACGUCCUGGAGCACGUCCGGCGCUGCAGCUGAGGUCUGGUUCAGUUCAGACACACCCCUUUAAGGUUUGGGAAUGCCCCCUUUUAAGACCGACUCCUCCUACAGGCUCCAGGCGUGGAGGUGGAGGAUUGGUGUUUACAGGUGUGACACUAACACUCUAACACAGAAGCUUUUCAACUAGACACAGACUGAGCUAAACAUGCCAUAGUAAUCUGUCCUCACGGGCAGAAAAUUGAGCUUUGCUAAUGAUCAGUGAUGGUGGGCAACUCAAGCUGAUCUGUUUCAAAAUAAGCUUUUCAGAAAAAGGGAAGAAUUGAGAAAAGAUUUUUCAUAAUUCAGCUGGUUUAUUUUGGACUGAGGUCAGUUUCAUAUUGUUGUUAUUAUGAUUCUGUUUCAGCCUACAGUCCUACAAGCCCUGUCUGACUGAACCAAUAAUGUGUAUAAACCCUGGAUGACUGACAGUGGGGUGCUGUAUUGAAGCCAUUUUGGUACUACAGUGUAAAAAAAGAUUUGGGAAGCUAUAGAAAUAAAUGUUUCAAUGUCUACACGUUUUUUACUAGUAAAAUAUAAUAUAUGUUAAUUAUGUGAACUAAACAUACAAAAAAAAGUUUUAUAAAAACAUAUUCCAUAAAGUAAGUGCUUUAGAGAGUACUAAUGUUACUGUCCCCACUACAACAAGGAAAUACUUAAAUACAUGUGAUUUUGUCAAUUUUAUUGCCAAAUUAAUAGCAUCAGCAAUCCAGGGUUUAUUGACGUCAUUGGUCUGAACCAUGUCUGUCUGUAUGUCUCAACCAUGCUGUGUCAUGUUCAUGUGAUGUCAUGUAGUCUCUCUAAUAACCCUUUCUCUGAUGCCGCUUUCAAGACAACUGGGAACUCGGAAAUCUCCUACCUGUGACUUCAAGACGUGCGUUCAAGACAACUGGGAAAUCGGGGAGGAGCGAGCUCCGACUGGGAAAAAUAGUUUUGAACGGUCAUCUAACUCGGAAUGACCUUCCCAGUUCUCUUGAAAGCACCAUUAGUCUGUGGAGCUGGAGUGUGUGUGUGUGUGUGAUACAUGAAUGAGCAAAAUAGAAAAAAAUAUGCAUUCAUCAUACUAUUGGGAUUGUGAGAAAGAUGAUCAUGGUGAUGAUUUAGUGUUGUCAUGACUACACUGCAAUAACACUGUCCUGCUGACAGAGAGCCAUGUAACAGUUCAGAGGUCAGGGAUGACUGCAGUGUGAAGGUCCCCGUCUCUCUGGCAGUACUGUAUGUAAGAUUUCACUUUAUUUAUUGACGUUAACCAUCUGCUCUGAGUGUUGCUGUGGCAGACUACUGGAGGGUGUGUUAGAUUGUAGGAGUUGGCCCCAGAAAUGUACCAGAAACAACUUUUGAUUCAAAAAAUUAAAUAAGUUGAUACAGAAAAGGAGUUAAUAUUAAAGAUAAAUUUGAAAUAGGCUCAAAACUCCCAGUAACGCAUUAACUAUUUUUGCUUGAUCAUAUUUUGAGUGUCAAAGGUGAUCUGGCUAACUUAUGGAUCCUACUUUGUAAAGCCCUACCCUGGCUUAGUCCUGUCUGUCUGUCUGGUCUGUCUGUCUGUCUGUCUGUCUGUCUGUCUGUCUGUCUGUCUGUCUGUCUGUCUGUCUGUCUGUCUGUCUGUCUGUCUGUCUGUCUGACGGAGCCAGCUGCAGCAUAUGAACCUGCUCAUCUCUCCUUCUUUUCAUGAGCAACAAUGAAAAGGGCUAAAGCACGUUCUUCUGCAGUUCUGUCUGUCAGCCAUUUUUUGUAUGUGUGUUUAUCGAGAUCCAUCCACCACCAGCUAACUGUGUGAUUGUGGUUGGGAUGUUGGGUUGAUGUGAUUGGCAUUGCAAUAGAGCAUAGUCUUUAUGAUACUUUGAGAGAGAGAUUGUGUCACUCUUUCUCUGAUUCCACAUCUCCCUCAUCUUUCACCCCUUUCCUCUACCCAGCGUCCUCUUGCCUGCACUCACGGCUCUAUUCAAUCAAACCUGCAGUGCAGUAUUUAUGCAGUAGCAUACAAACAUGCCUUUUCCCCCACAGUCAGAAAGUCACAGAGCGGUUUGUGGUACUGUAUAAAUACCAGGCAGACCCCCCUCACGGGCAGUGGCUCCAUUUGACGGAAUAAAAUGUGUGCUCAAUGUGGGCAGUAGUGUAUAAACAGGGACUGUUAACAUCAGUAAGGCAGCUUAGAUGUAAUAAGGUAUUCUGUCAUCUCCCAUCUAUCUGUGUCUUUGUCUAUUUUCUCAUGUAAAAAUUACUAUCGAUAUCAUGAACACUUAGGCCCAGUUGGUUUUCCAGACGGUAAACCUACUUCUGCACUAAAAAGAAAUGCACAAUAGUGAAUCUCCACUGAAAGUGUUUUUUAGUACAGGAAUAGCAUGUGUCUGGCAAACGGGCCAAUAUUAUGCCAAACUUCAGUCUUUAAACAGCGGUCUCCCUCUGCUGGUCAACAUGUGUAUUACUCCUGUUUUUAUUUGGGACAGGUCUUGUCUGUCUGUCAUAGCUCAGCAUUUAUAAUCAGCCCUCAGUCUCAGUAGGAUAAAAUGAUAGAAUAUGGUGGAUAGAAACUCCCUGUACGAUGACUAUUUCUAAAAGAAAAAAUAAACGAGAUAAACAAUGUAUUUACUAUAAUCUGAGUAGACACUAUUUCGAACAGUUUGUAAUUUAUAUCCAGAAAUAAAUGUUCAUACUGUUAAGCUUU